AUGUCCUCGCGAUUCUCCCCUUCUCAUGCAAGUGAGCAAGGAAACCCACUUCUCAUCGCGGUCCGCUUCUCCGCCUCAAUUCCCGACCUCGAACUCGACGUCCCCCAGCCCGAGACGACAACAGGCGCAGGGCUGAAACAACUCAUCCGCGCCGAUCUUCCCAAAGACCUCUCAUCGCACCGGCUACGUCUUAUCUAUGCCGGUCGUGGCCUAGAAGAUACAACCGCUCUAACAGCCUCACUCAAACUCCCCCCACGAAGCUCCCCCGCACCCGAAGAUCAUGGAAAAGGCAAGCAGGCAGUGCGCGAUGCCCGUCCGCGUAUCUACAUCCACUGCUCGAUUGGAGAUAUCACACUCUCAGAAACAGACCUAGCGAACGAAGCAAGUGCCUCAUCAACGCUGCAGCGAAAGAAUACAGCCACAGCGAAUGAUGAGGCGGACGAGCGUUCACCACUUAUGUCGCACGAGCCACAGACGACGCCUGCACCGCGGGGCUUUGAUCGUCUUCUCUCGGCUGGAUUUACGGCUGCUGAGGUCACGGCUCUGCGCUCGCAGUUCUUGGCUAUGCAGUCUGUUUCUUGGACGCGGGAUACUAUGCCUAGUGGGGAGCAGUUGAGGGAUCUUGAGGAUCGGUGGAUGGAUGAGGGGUCUACGGCGGUGCCGGUGGUUGAGGGGGAUGAUAAUGGGGGCAUUGGAUCUGGGUCGCAUGGGGCUAUGGAUGAUAUGCUGUGGGGGGCUGUCAUGGGGUUCUUUUGGCCUAUCGGCUGUGCUAUGUGGUUGAGGAGGGAAGAGGGGGUUUGGAGUUGGAGGAAGGGUGUUGCUGUCUCUAUUGGGGUUGCAGUGAAUGCUGCAUUUGGGGCAAUGAGGAUAAUGGGUUAG